AUCUCCCAUAGACCAACGAACCCUUACAUACGAUGGAUAUCAACGAUCAAAAACCACCAGAUCGCGCAGCAGAUAACCCUCUAUUUGAACGUCCAGGCACUCCCGAACGUCCACCUUACUCACCCGUCACUCCCGUGUUAGCGCAUCUCGCCCUGAUCCCCGGUGGAGCAACGAUAGUACCACCUGCGAUAGAGGAUACGUCGACAGAAGCUACGGCGAUGGCGGUCAAGAGGCGAAAUACACGCGCGGUAAUGCCGCCACCACAGCAACUUCCUCAACAACACCAGCAACAACAACCGACGUACCCCCCGCCGAACCCGAUCAAACCAGAACCCAGUCCCGUCCCGAUAUCAGAAAGCAAUAAUCCGGACGUCAUAGCGCUACGUUCCGCGAUCUCUCUUCUCCAGUUUCAGAAACAAAAGGCUUUGAACGAUAUAAAGGCUCUCGAUGAGUUGAAACGGGCAGCAGCGGCGGAUCCGGAGAGUUUUUCUAGAGAAUUAUUAGCCGGGAACCUGACGAAGGAAGAUAAUCAUCAAUUCAUUGAUACGGAUAUUACAAUGACGGACAGCGACGAUGACUCUGACGGGGCCCAAGAAGGAGACGAAUCGUCAGCGCCAAAGAGCAAGUUCGGAAAAAUCCCCAAACCGCAAAACGUCGUGCGCAUGCCUCCAAUAAACUGGGCCAAAUACCAUAUCGUGGGGGAACCCUUAGACAAAAUGCAUGAAGAGCAUCGGAAUAGACCGAUUGCAGGCGUACCGCGUCAGGAUCCGAAUCAGCGAGCGCCGGAGCAUUUUAUUGCGGCUCCUUAUCGGCCUCUGACGGAUAAGGUUGAUAGUCCGGCGAAGGGGAGGGGGAAGAGGAAGACUUGA